AUGACGGAUCUGAACAGGAUAGUGGAGCUUCUAGAGGAUCUGCACGGUCUCGAAGAUGUUGAGCUCAGCUUGGCAGGAGCAAACCUCGAUGAUGACGAGAUAUCGUCCGUUCUUUGCCCGGCUAUAAGAGACACGAAGAGGAGGCUCACAGGUACUCUGGAUUUGAGCGAAAACCGAGUCUUGACCGAUGAGGCGAUCAUUCGCAUUUGUGGAGCAAUAGAGAAGAAGCGGGACCCUAGGACCAUCGAUACUAGCGCCUUCGACAAGCGAGAGAACAACGAGGAAGCAGAAGUGGAUGACGAUGAUAACGAAGAGGGAGAGGAAGCUGAUGAGAAGAGGAAAAUGGAGGAGAGAAGGACGAAAUGGGAACAGCGCAUGUGCGUGCUGUCUUUCUCCGUCUACUUGUCAUGCAACAGGAGAUUCUCUUCAUGA